AUGGGUGGCAGUGCCGCUUCUCGAUUCACUCAUCACGAUGCAACCGGUCUCCCUCCACCGCUGCUCACCCCGUUUGAGAUGAGUAAUCAAUGUGCUUCCGGGAUGCUACGCAAUAAGAAAGUUGCAUGGAAUUGUAUUUGUUCCACUCCCCUAAAAGCUCAUUUAUUCAAUCAGCUUUCUGCGAUCUCGCCCUGUCCCCGUUCAUCGAUUAUUUUUAUGUCAGGAAGACAUCGUUUGGAUGUUGACGACCACCGCUCGAGCAGCCCGAUCAGGCGCCGAAGACGUGUUGAUGAAGACGGAUUCAAUCCAAACAUAUUCACUCACUCCAACACUUGCAGCUUUCAACAAGACUUGCAACAACACUUUCCACAACACUUUCCACAACCCUUCCAACAACAACCCUUCCAACAACAACCCUUCCAACAACAACCCUUCCAACAACAACCCUUCCAACAACCCUUCAACACAAUACACUUCAACACUGCACCACGGAAUGUGGGCAUGCUUUCAAAAGAAGAACAAGAGCGUCGAGAUGCCGAAAUGGCAUUGGAAUUGCAGCGAGAAGAGGAAGAACUAUUUAUUCGCCGCGAGAGUCGACAUGCAGGAUUGCAGCGUCGACAGCCCCACCGACGUGAUACCGGUCCACUUCACGAAUCUUUGUUCGGUCGCCAGUUCGCUGACGGACGACAUCAUCAACAUCAGCAAGAAGAGUUGAUUCGCCAGCGUCGACAGGCCCAAAGAAUAUCGCAGCGACUAGAGGAAGAACAGUUGUUUCGCCAGCGUCGACAGGCCCACCGACGUGAUACCACUCCACUUGAAGAACCUCGAGACGAAACGGUGAUUCAAUGCUCAGACUGGGGUGAAUGCACGAUUUGCUUCGAGGAUGCACCAUAUGAUCCCGUUGGAUGUCUUCGUUGUCAGCAAUUGAUUGGAUGCAAGCCGUGUGCGAAUCGCUGGUUCCUCAACAGCAGGCAAUGCCCUCUGUGCCGUCACGAGUAUGAAGCUGGCGCUCCCGAGGGUCGCUCGAUGUUUGAUCUCGCGCCAAAGCAU